GAUGGCUGAGUACAGCGUGACUUAGUGAAUCGAUAUGAAGUGAGUAUGUUCCAAUUUAAACGCAGUGUGUGUCGGCUUGGCUUGUUCAAUCUUGAGGGAGUAUUCCCCUCAGCUAACCACUUGACUGCAACUUUUUUUUAUGCCUUGGCCCGUGCUUGUGUGUGCAUGUGAUCUCGUCUGCACUUUUCGUGUUCGUGUGGUCCCCUGUCGCACUGAUGCUUAGUGCUUUUUCUUGACUCUUGGGCUUUUUCUCGCUGUCUCUUUUUGCGAGCUAUUUUUCGUAAACUGUUGUCUAGUUCCACAACACACAGGAGUCCGAUGGGUUGCCUACCCUCCCGGCGUUCGUCUCCUUGGGUUACUUGACCACCAGUCGUCAGGUCUCAUCAACGCCAGUCAAGAUUGAUCCCCCUGCAGUCUCCCCUCAACUGUCACCGAUUGGUGUGGCAGCACCUCCGUCGCCACUGCCACCCACUCCAGAGGGGCAAGUCGAUGUCUCGUGGUCUGCGGCUUCCCUUGAAGCUGCUAAUUUUGACGUGAUGAGGCAAUUGUUUGGGUCCUCUUUUGAUUCUGCUGAAGAGUUAAUUGAAGCUGCUGUUCCGCCACCCUCACCUCUACUGACGCAUGAGGAGGAAGAGUGGGUGAUGGCGGAGCUCUUCUCCCCCCACACUCUUGAUGCAUCCCAUGAUAGUGAGCUCAAUGAGUUGGAACAGGAGAGAGUUAGUGAAUCAGCUCCACGCAGAGUGUCAGCCUUCUUGAGGCUGGGUCCUCGUCAAACUUAUCCUGGAGAAGAAGAAGAGGUUGAGAUUGCACAUGGUCCAGAAGAAGAAGCAGAGGUGCCUGAAGUACAGGUGCUACUCCCUCCAGUCGCUGCUCCAGAAGUUGCUGACGCACUGGUGCCUGAGGUCAACCUCCCUCCAGUCGCUGCUCCCCAGACUAAAAAAACCAUGAGCCGCUCCAUGGGGCAGACGAACCAUAGGGACUCAUUGUUCGCCAUGGUCAGGAGGUCGUAA